GGCCAGAUCAGGGCAGACUUUGAUCGUGAUUGUUACGUUAGUAGAGACAGGGCUGGAGAAGUGCUAUUUGUCAGCAGGAAGGAGACAGGUUUGGCUGGCAGCGGGUUAGGUGAGGGAGAUCGGAAUUGAACGUGCAAUUGGGGCGAGGCAUGUUGUCGGAUGUAGGGAGGGUACUUGGCAGGCAGCGGGGCAGGAGUAGUUUCUUGGAUGUCGGUUUGGGACCGGAAGAGGCAGACUUUGGGGUUUAGAUUUAUUUUUAUUUAUUUUUGGUGUAAAGGGAGCGCCUAAAUUUGUGUUUUAUUUGGUAGGGCAAGAAUAUCUGGUAAGAAGAGGCAGGGACAAAGUGUAGAAUGGUUAGAGAGGAAAGCGUUGGAGGACCCCGACAGGACGAUUGGCGAAGAUAAGGAAAAGAAGGACAGGGAACAAGGGAUUAUCUGCCACUGUUUCAGGACCCAGAUUUUCAGGGAGCGGUAAGAACAGCUCAAGACGUUCUCUAUUUAGGCAGCGAAAUUUGGGGGGGAGGGAGGUAGGGCCCCAACCUGGCAGGAUCCUGGGCGCUAGCUCCGGCUUUUUCCUCCACUGUUGCGCUAGGAUGCAGUGAGGUGUCUCGCCUUCUGUCUAAGAAGUACAAUUUGCAAGGUGAGAGCCAAAAAUUGUCUGGAUCGCGCGGGACCCAGAUGCCAAAUCCAAGGAUUGGUGGCACUGACGUGCCAGGAUUCACUGGGACUGAACGGCUUUGGGGUCAGAGGAGCGGCUACAUGUGUCCGCACUUCCCACAUUAGAAUUUGAAGGAGCGGGGGCAAACGUGGUUGGAUCCAGAAAAAUUCAGCUGCGGGAUCCAGGGAUUUUUGUACCCGGGCGGCAUGGGUCUAGGGCUUUUUGGUGCAGAAGGCGCGGUGAAACCUGAUCUCUAGUGAGCUCUUACAAUUUGAGGACUGUGUAGACGAAAAUCAACAGGAUUCUGGCAAAUCCAGUUUUCACCCAGCCCCAGCGAAGGCGGGGUGAAGCCGGAUGGAUGCAGAAGGCGGAGCUGGAAAGGAGGAGGGAGAAUGGGCACGCCGAAGGCUGGGCAUCAGACUUCCAAGGUCGCUUGUGGGCUGCGCCAGCGCGCCUUGGAAUCUCACCCUGUCCUGAGCCUGGAGACCUAAACCGAGAGCCAAGUCCUGCAGUCCUUACUCCAGAAAAUCUCCCAUUGACUUCACAGGGUUCCUCUGUAAUGGAGAGCAAGAACACUCUGGAUCAGGAUGAAGGUCAGAAACCGGAGCCUGGGAGAAAUACGGGAAACCAUAACAAUUCGAAUACGGAUUUGCAAGUCACCUACACCCAAGAAGCAGUUGCGUUUUUUCAUUUACAUCAAACACGUCAUUUUGAUGAGUUCGAAUACCCUUCAGAUCAAUACUGCAAGCAAGAUCUCUUCCCCAAAUGGCACUUGCCACUGAAGAUAGCAUCUGUAGCCUCAUUGCUAAUAUUUAUCUAUACUUUUCUGAGAGAUGUCGUCCACCCUUUUGUCACUACUAAUGAAAACACUUUCUAUAAAAUUCCAAUCCUGGUCAUAAACAAAGUUUUACCAGUGGUUUCAAUCACCCUUCUGGCACUGGUUUAUUUACCAGGAAUAUUAGCUGCAGGUUUCCAGCUCCACUAUGGGACCAAGUAUAAACGAUUUCCACAGUGGCUGAAUGGCUGGAUGUUAUCAAGAAAGCACCUUGGCCUUCUCAGUUUUUUCUUUGCCUCAAUGCAUGCAUGCUAUAGCUUGUGCUACCCGAUGAGGAGAUCUUACAGAUACAAGCUGUUGAACUGGGCGUACCAACAGGUCAAGCAAAAAAAGGAAAAUGCCUGGAUUGAACAUGAUGUCUGGAGAAUGGAGAUUUAUGUGUCUCUAGGAAUUCUGGGACUAGCUCUGCUGACCAUACUGGCAGUAACAUCAGUUCCAUCUGUCAGCCAUUCUUUGACCUGGAGAGAGUUCCACUGUAUUCAGAGCAAGAUGGGGUAUUUAGCUUUGCUGCUAUGCACAGUUCACGCAUUGGUAUUUGCCUGGAAUAAAUGGGUUGACGUAAACCAAUUCGUGUGGUACACCCCCCCUACAUUUAUGAUCGCCAUUUUUCUUCCUAUUAUAGUCCUGCUUUGUAAAAGCGUCCUGCUUCUCCCAUGCCUUAGGAAGAAGAUCCAGAAGAUCAGAUGCGGUUGGGAUGCUAAUAUAGAGAUGAAUAAAACACAGAUGACUUCCAGACUGUAGAUUGAAUGAGUAUUUAUCAUGCUGCCAUGUAUAGAUUUAAUGAGCUCUAUGAAAUGGUCACGUGGGGGGGGGUUGCAUGCAUUGGUUAAAUACUAUUUGUGUAUUUUUCAUUUCCACUUUUGUUUGGGGGUGUGGCAUCUGUGUUCUCCUCUGACUUGAUCUGGGAUAAGGGAGUACCCUUUACUGAGACAGUGGAUUGAAUUGGGUUCCUCAGGCAUUGACUCAUUUCUUUAUUCUGAGUCUUAUGCUGUUUAAAAUCCAAUUCUUCAUUUCCACAAGUAAAACAAUCAUCAGCCAUAGGGAAAGGCAAUCAUAAAUCCCGGCUUGACAUGUUGACUACAGAAGGUCAAUAAGAUAACGAUUUGAAAGAACCAGAUCUGACUCUUAUACUACAGAGGGUGUUUCCCAGUGCUUGCUAUGUUUAAGGUAACACAUGUCACAUUUUUUUCCCCAUUCCUUUUUUCCCCUCUUUUAUUAUUAUUUUUUUUUCCUAUUUGCUUCUUUAUUUAUUUUUGAGGCUGAACAUCUUCCAUGCCUUUGGCAGGAGCAAGCAGACACUUACACAUGUGCUUAACUUAACUCGCAUAAGUCCUCCCAGUGACUUCAGUGGGGCUGCUCACAUGAGUAAAGUUAAGAUCAUGCAUAAGUGUUUGCAGGAUUGACCUUUACUUUGUUCCCCAGGGUGAUUUUAUUUUUCAGUUAAGCCCUUUUAGACACUUCUGACCAAAUAGGGUGGAGUGGGGGAGAAAUGUCAGAGAAUAAACAACACUUUGAAACUUAGCAUUGACAUAGUCCUGAAUAUACUUAAUCAAAGCUAAUGAAUCCUCGCAUUCUCUGUGAUAGCAGCAGCUGAUUGAAUGAUAUUAGUUGAAUGAUUCACUUGACAAAUGUCAGGAUAUUUUUCAAAUAAAUUAUGCAGUGACUA